AUGUCCCAUAGCCAGAAACGCGCGUUGUCCCCUGCUGCCAACUCCGAUCCUCCUCUCAAAAAGUGUCGAUGCCAUGACGACGCACCACUUACGCCGUCCACAUCCUCCUCACCACAUCCAUCCUCUAUACCGCCCAUGUCCUCCACGUCCUCCCCGCCACACUCAUCCUCUACCCCGCCCACGUCCUCCUCCCUGCUACAUCCAUCCUCACCAGCAGACGCGUCCUUCAUGGCAGACGCGUCCUCCAAGGCAGCCGUGUCCUCCGCGGCAGACGUGUCCACCGCAGCAGACGUGUCCAACGACGCGCCCACUAUCCCAGAUAGUGUUACCACUCUCACCUCGGCAAUGCAUGACAGCGGAUCAAGGUUCACCAUCGUCGGGAUAGUUCAACAUAAAUCAGGUGUCAUGCCCUACAGGGGAGGGGGUGGAUUUUUCAUGGAGUUUUUGCUUGCAGAUACCACUGGGGGUGCGUUGGUUGAAGUGGCUAAGAUGGAUGGCAGCCUCCUUCCGAAAGAUGCUGAAAUUGGGGACGUAUUGUGUGUCGGUUCCUGCAAGCUGCACAAGAACCGCGACCGUUUGAUUUCCUAUGCCGAUCGGAGCACAUACCGAUACUGGUCGAUCCGGUUGCAACGCUGGAUGAAUUUCGGGUUUAUGAAUCCCAGGGCAUUCAAGGCGAUGAGGAAUCGGGACGGCCAAUUGGACGCUAAUCCAUAUACCAAGUUUACAUCUGAGGUGUCAGGGUAUGCGCGUUAUUUGCCCGUCAUGAUGGAGACGCCUCGGGCAUGCACUGCUCAACGAUGUUACUCGUUGACUUGGGAAGGGGACUCGUCGGGUUGGAGAGAGGUUAAAGGGGAACUGUCUGUGCUCAAUACCGAUCCACCACAGAUGUGGUACUGUCUCGAAUGUCAGGUCUUCACCCACCCUGGAACCCAUUGCAUUCGGCACCCUGGUAGCAAGCCCGCGCUAGUGUGGUCUGGGAUCUUCCAGCUGCAUGGGGACGAAACCACGGAGAUCCAUAUGUGUGGAGCGUUUGCGGACAUUUCAACUGGAGAGGGUGACACAGCAGAGGAGGCCCUCUCUAGUUGGAUGGAAAAGGUUGUCGACGUCACGAGUUGCAUGUGUGGUUCAUGCAAGGUGACGACUACCCUCCAGGUAAUGGAUAUCUCGGCAAAAAUCCAAGGGCCUAAAGGCACCAACCGAGAAGACCGAUGCAUCGUGCGCCCCUUCCACAUCCUUCGUGAACACUAA